AUGAACGAUUUAGCCCGAAGCACCAUAAUCGAGGCGGUUCCCCUCACACCCGAAGCCUUUGCUCCCUUCGGGGAUGUGAUUGAGAACCCGCGGCCCGACGUCCACCCUUCAUCCGCCGAUAAGCGACCACACCUCCCGUUCGAUGCUAUCGUCGCCAACCAAGGCUCGGCCAUCAAAUACCAGCAUCUCUCACGGCAAAUAAACCUCUACGACCAAGCUCCAAGCGGCCAACCGGGAUCCGCCGUAAUGAACAUGUUCGUGUGCGCCGCCCGCGCCCGCAUCCCGGACCCACCCCAACUUCCAGCCCCGGCCCCGUCUCCGGCCCGAAACCCAACCACAGCGGAGCACCAAGACUCGCCUCAUCCCCAACCAUCCACAUUCCCCAUCACCGUCCUCGAACGCCACCCCUACACCACCCAGACCUUCAUCCCCCUCGCCGCCAAUCCCACAACACAGUAUCUCGUCAUCGUCGCCCCCACCCUCCCUCCACCUCUCAACGGCCCCCCAAAGAAGGGAAGAGGAGGAGGAGACCCUACCCGUACCCACCAGCCUUCCGCCCUCCACAGACUACCCACGCCCGCUGCCGGGGGGCGGCCUGCCCGACCUGCGCCGCGUCCGCGCCUUUGUGGCGAGUGCCGCCCAGGCGGUCACCUACGGCGCGGGGACCUGGCAUGCGCCUAUGGUUGCGCUGGGCGAGAAGGGGACGGCGGUGGACUUUGUCGUGGUGCAGUUUGCGAAUGGGGUGGCGGUGGAGGAUUGUCAGGAGGUGGGUUUGAAGGGGGGGAUGUUGGCAGGGCGUGGGGGGGCAGGGCAGGCGGGUGA